AUGGUGAUAAUUCCCUGCCACGGGAUAUGGAAAGGUGGAACCACUAAAGGUGAAGAUAGAGACGAAUGGGUGCUAGCACCGUUUCAGAUCGAAGGAAAAGACCAUUUAAGCAUGAAAGAACAUAUUUUAACUAGUCUAAAGCUUUUAUCUGAUAACACGGUUAUUGUGAUCUCUGGUGGAAAGACAAAGAAGGAGAUCAAUGAUAGUGAAGCCAACUCCUACUACAAGUUGCUCAAAGAAUACAGCGAUGCCGAAGUCUUGUUAGAGGAAUAUGCUAGGGAUUCGUUUGAAAAUGUCAUCUUCCUGAUAUGUAGAUUUUACCAGGAAUAUCAAACAUAUCCCAAGAAAAUCACUGUGGUGGGAUUCGAAUUCAAACGUGACAGAUUCUUGAAACAUCAUUUCAAAGAAGCUUUAGGUUAUGAUAACGUGGAAUACAUAGGGAAUGCCCCUAAACCAGAAACCAAUGUCGAAGAGUAUUUCCAAGAUCUCCACCAAAGUGAAUAUCGUCAUGCUGUUAGAUGGUUUGAACAAGAUUGGUAUGGAAUUAGAGAUCCCCUUGUGACAAAAAAACUGAGUCGAAACCCCUUCAAUCUUCAACACCCAUAUAAAGAAACCAAUCCACAAUUGAAAGAGUUUUUGGACAAUAUUGAAGAUGACGGAGACAAAUUACCUAAUGAGGAACUUCGUAGUCUCUUACCAAAUUGGGGAACGUAA